AAAAGCCAGCCUGAAAAAGGUCACUGCUCACUCUCUUUCCCUCUCCUUCUCCCUUUCUCUCUCUCUCUCUCCUUCUUUCUCUGAGUAAAUCUAGGUGGUUUCCCAAGAAAAUCAGGCGAAGAGAUCGGCAGGAAGAAAGUUCGAUGAGUUGCCGGCAAAAUUAUGCGGCAAUGCGCAGCUCAGGGGGCUUGACUGUGUUAAUAUCUAUUGUUGUUUUGCUUCACUCCCAGCUAGCUUUGGUCUCAGCUCAGGGAUCUACCACUGCUAGUCCCUGGAAAACACUUAGCGGAAAUCCUCCUCUAGUUAUAGCACGAGGUGGGUUUUCGGGACUGUUUCCGGAUUCUAGUUAUGCAGCUUAUAGUCUGGCAUUGUUGACUAGUGUACCAGAUGUUAUCCUAUGGUGUGAUGUGCAAUUAACAAAAGAUAGAGCUGGAAUUUGCUUUCCUGAUCUUAAGCUGAAUAACGCUUCUGAUAUUUCAAAUAUUUUCCAGAAUCGGGAUAAGACUUACAAUGUUAAUGGGCUUCCUACUCAAGGGUGGUUUUCUGUGGAUUUUACCCUUAAGGAUCUGGCUAACGUUGUCUUAACUCAAGGAGUCUUUUCACGCACUAAUAAGUUUGAUGGCAAUCUAUUCAAAAUUAUGACUGCUCAAGAGGUGUUUAACCAAUUCAAACCACCAGGUUUUUGGUUAAAUAUUCAACAUGAUGCAUUUUAUGCACAACACAAUUUGAGCAUGAGAAGCUUUGUACUGGCUGUUUCCAGAAGUGUAAUUGUUAGUUAUAUCUCAUCUCCAGAGUUGGGUUUCUUGAGGGGCAUUGCGUCACGCUUCAAUCCAAAAGUGACAAAACUCGUCUUUCGAUUUCUUGGAAAAGAUGAGAUUGAACCUUCAACCAACCGGACUUAUGGGUCUCUCUUGGGUAACCUCACUUUUAUCAAGACAUUUGCCUCAGGAAUUCUUGUUCCGAAGGCAUAUAUAUUACCAGUUGAUGCAGCUUCUUACUCAUUACCUCCAAGGCCCCUUGUCCAAGAUGCUCAUAAAGAAGGGUUAGAAGUUUUUGCAUCAGAUUUUGCGAAUGAUGUUCCAUUUAGCUUCAACUACAGCUACGAUCCGGUAACAGAGUCGCUAUCUUUCAUUGACAAUGGAGAAUUCUCUGUUGAUGGUCUGCUGUCUGAUUUCCCUAUAACUCAAUCAGAGGCCAUUGAUUGCUUCUCUCAUCUGGAGAAAAAUGCAUCAAAACAAGUGGACCUUCGGGUUAUUUCUAAAAAUGGAGCAAGUGGAGAUUUCCCUGGCUGUACAGAUUUUGCAUACCAAAAAGCUAUAUCAGAUGGCGUUGAUUUUCUUGACUGUUCUGUCCAGAUGUCCAAGGAUGGGAUUCCAUUUUGUUUAAGCUCUAUAAAUCUUAUAGACAGCACAACAGUUAUCAAUUCCCCUUUCCGCAAUCUCACGCAAAGUAUUCCAGAAAUUAAGCCAGGCAGUGGAAUAUUUACCUUUAACCUUACAUGGUCUGAUAUUCAAACUCUAAAACCGGAAAUUUCAAGCCCAUAUUCAGGAUUCAAAUUGUCCAGGAGUCCGAAGAACAAAAAUGCUGGAAACUUUUUGACCCUCUCUGAUUUUCUUGCUUUGACAAACAGCAGUAGCUCUCUUUCUGGCAUCUUGAUCAGCAUAGAGCAUGCAGCCUAUCUUGCAGGGAAGGGACUGGGGGUAAUUGAUGCAGUACUUGAUGCCUUGAAACAAGCUGGUUAUGAUCAAACUCCUCAAAAAGUUAUGAUUCAGUCCACGGACAGUUCUGUCCUUGUGGAAUUUAAGGAGAAAAGCAAGUAUCAACUAGUUUAUGAAGUCGAUGAAACUAUUCGUGAUGCUGUAGACUCGGCUAUAGAAGAUAUCAAGAAGUUUGCUGAUCAUGUUGUUGUGGCAAAAAGAUCGGUCUUCCCUCAAAAUUCGGCAUUCCUAACUGGUCAAACAAAGGUUGUAGAAAGGUUGCAGUCGUCUAAGCUCCCAGUCUAUGUGCAACUCUUCAGCAAUGAGUUUAUCUCUCAAGCGUGGGACUUUUUCUCAGAUGCAACAGUGGAGAUCAACUCGUAUGUAAUGGGAGCUGGCAUAAGUGGUGUCAUCACAGAUUUUCCCAAGACAUCAGUUAGAUUUCGAAUAAAUAAAUGUUUGAAUCUGGGCAAUGAUACGCUCUAUAUGAGCCUGUCAGGCCAGCUCGUGCAAUUAGUGACUCCGGAGUACUUACCACCAGCCCAGGCUCCGGCUGAUAUACUCAUGGAUUCUGAUGUUGCAGAAUCGCCAUUUCCCCCUGUUGCAAAAGUUCCAUCAUCCAGCCCAUCCAACAGGACGGCUUCAUCACCUUCAACACAGCCUAAUGCACAGCCUAAACUUGCCACCGGCAUCUUGCUCUCUAGUGUAGCGCUGCUUCUUGCCAUUCUUCUACUGUUUUGAUACUGUAAGAUCACCUUACUCUCUACUCGUGAUCUUUGGACCUUUUGUUUCUUGUGUCUUCUCGCAUGGUUCUCGGGUGGCUUGGAGCUUUUUGCUACAUGACUACUUGCGGCUAAUCCAAAUUUUUUACCACCGAACAGCCACGAAUUAUUUUGUGUCAUAGUGUAGGUAUUAUUGUUCAUUCUUCCCCAUGUAUUUUCAAACCUAUAUUUAUUUAUUGUUGAGAGGUAAAAGGUCAUGAUUUGGUGAUUAUUGAAAGAUAUGUCUUUUAUUGUUAUUCUUUGGCAUUUGUGAUUUUGCGAGAGUUUCUUUAAAGCUUGAGCCACAGGCCCCACAUGCACCCAUGACCUUGUUUUUCCUUCUUUCUCUCCUCUGUUUAUGGUUUACAGAUGAAAAAUUCUUGUAUUAUUGAUCCGUACAUUUUGUCGAGUAUUCUUUAGUUGUUUAACA